GUCCGCCUUAGCGAAAGGGGCGGGCGUAGGCUAGGAGUCCAGGUCAGAGUUUAGAGCUUUCAAAUUGCAACUUGCCUCUGGGGCUUGCGUGGCUGAUGUUUAAAUCGCCUAGUCAAGCGAACCGGCUCCCUCUUGCUUCAGCAAACCCUGACAGACGUCUCCUAUUUGACUUGAGGCGGCAUAGUGGCCAAGUCGAUUGGCCGUGGCAAGUGACCCUCCCUGUAGCUGAAGUGUUCUAAGGACUGGAGAGAGGGGCGCGCCAUGCUUGCCCCCUGCUCAGGUUGGGAGCUUGGCUGCCUCCGUCUCUGUCUCCGUCAGGUCCGAUUGUGGGCUGGCACUGGGCGCUGGGCUUCCUGGGCUUGCCAAGCCAGGCCGUACGGCUCAGGUCGGGGCAAGCGCUGGCCCGGAUCGGAGGCUGAGGUCCCUCCGCCUAGCCCGGCGCGCCGGACUCUGAAGGAGUGGACGCUGCAGGUGAGCCCGUUCGGUCGGCUGCGGGCGCGGCUCCCGUGCCACCUGGCCGUGAGGCCCUUGGACCCCCUCACCUACCCGGAUGGCGACCGCGUGCUGGUCGCGGCGUGUGGCGUGGAGGGCAGCGCGCAGGGCCUGGACGGCCUGCAGGUGAAGUACGACGAGGCUCUGGAGGAGAUGGCCAUUUUGUCUGACACUGUCGACCCCCAGGCGUUCGUGGAGGUGAACGCGCCCCUGAAGUUUGGUUUAGAUAUCAAGUCAUCAGGGUCUGGCUGUGUAAAAGUUCAAAGUAUUGAGUGUGAUAAUUGCAAAAUUGAAACAGAGCAUGGGACUAGCGUCUUGCAGUCUGUUAAGGGUCAAAAAUUGCAUGUUCAAACAAAAGGAGGCAAAGUGAUCUGUCUGGGAACAGUUUAUGGAAAUAUAGAUAUUCAUGCAUCAGAUAAAAGUGCUGUUACCAUAGAUAAACUGCAGGGAAGUUCUGUUACUAUAUCUACUGAAGAUGGUUUGCUGAAAGCCAAGUAUCUUUAUACAGAAUCAUCAUUUCUGUCUUCUGCUGCUGGGGAUAUUACAUUAGGAAGUGUUCAUGGUAAUAUAACAUUACAAAGCAAGAUGGGUAACAUCACAGUAGAUUCAUCUUCUGGAUGUCUAAAAGCCUUAGCUCAUCAGGGUGCUAUAGAUGUUUAUGUCAGUCAACUGGGGACAGUGGAAUUGAAAUCCCAUAAAGGUUCUAUUAUUGUCAAGGUUCCAUCUUCACUUGAAGCUCAUUUACAGUUAUCAGGGAAAGAGGUUGAUGUGAACUCAGAAGUCCAUGUUCAGGAAAUGACUGAAGCUCAUAAAGAUGAUGUUGUAACAGUGACUGGACUCAUGAAUCAAGCAAGCAAAAGUGAAAAAUGGAUUAAGGCUGAUGCCCCAAAAGGCACUAAAAGAACUAAAGUUGGAGAAAGUAAUUAAAGCCAGAUCCUAAAAGUCAAUACAUCUGAGGCUCCAGACAAUGACUCUGUAUGUGCUGUGGUUUCCACUAAACACUAAAAUGAGGUAAUUUUUUAUUCUUAUUAUGUUCACAACUCUUGCAAAACCUAACCAGGGUAAAAGAUUUAUUCAUUUUUCUCAUUAAGUGAAUUAUGUAGUGUAUAAGUUUUCAACGUCUUAUGCUAAAAACAGAAUCUCUCCUAUAGUUACCUUUUCUAAGUGUGGAUAAUCUGAACAUCUCAAUUUACUCACCUUAUUUUAUUCUCUUUCCCUCUCUUUCUAAAUCCAGGUAAGGAAUUGUGAAAUUCAUUUGUAUGUCACUUUCUCCUCCCCCUGCUUUGUCUGUUCCCUUUUGGGACUUAAUAAUUGGGCUGGAGGAGGCAAGGGGAAAGAUUACCACAGGCCAGAAGUAUGAACCUUGGAAGAGGUAAAACUGGUUAAAAGCCACAACACAGACACACAGACACACACAUACCAAAAGCAGGGAGGGGAAAAAGAGGGAUGAGAAAUGAUGAAAAAGAAAAAUUUCAGGGUUGAGGGUGAGGGGAGGGAACUCAGAGGACAGGUCAACAGGUGCAGCAAACCACCAUGGCACAUGCAUACCUAUGGAACAAACCUGCAUGUUCUGCACAUGUAUCUUGUUUUGUUUUGUUUAGAAAAAAAUUAAGGAAAAUAAAAGAAAAAUUUCUUGUUCAUGAACUCAAGAGUAGAACCACUAAUCUUUUAGAUUACUGAAAAUAAAUACAUGUCAGUUUGUAAAAGAUUAAAUUGUUUUAAAGAUAUGCCAGAAGUCAGCUGUAUGGUCAUAUAGUUAGCAAAUGGGUAAAUGCUUUCGUCUACAAUCUCAGAGCACCUAAACACAGUACAAUUUUUAGGCUCCAAAGAGUAAAAAGAAAAAUGUCUGGACCCCACAGAAUCAAAAAGAAAUGACAGAAAACACUGGUCUUCUGAUACUUAACAUCAAACUUUGGUCAAUACUCCUUCAUCCCAAGGAUGAGAGGAGCAUCUAAAAAUUAAUCAGUGAUGCAUAUUAAGAGACUAUGUCAUCACCAUGGUAGGUUUCAAUACUCCUAAAUGAUUUCUAGUUAUUGGUCAAAUAUAAUUGAUAUGAGAAAUAUAACCCAGUAUUAAAAAUGUUAAUAUUUUAAACGGUUUUUUCUAGUCUAUCACCUUGUCAAAGAUCUUUUGAAAGCCUGACUAUAUCAUAUUCAUAGAUAAAGCUUUGUAUAAAUGUAUGUUUAACCCUUAAAUUAAUUGCAGCAGGUAAAUCAUGGCUUAACUUUAGAGGAAUCUUUCAGCUUUUUCUCUUAGUAGGUUACAUACAUCUAAAUGAUUUGUAAUCCUUUUUGUUAUGAAAGAGUUACAAUCUUUCCAAUACGGAAUUUUCUAGUCCUCUCUGGGAUAUGUGUUUUGUGUUCGUUUAUUUAACUCUACAGUACUGAAUAUACUACCAGGCAGAUUUCUUAGGGACUUCUUAGAACAUCAGUACCCUUGGUCUAAAAUUGGGAGAAAUUGACAUUAUGUGACACUAAUACUCCUUAAAGUAGAUUCCCUCAAGUAUGAUUACAUUGUUCAGACCCAGUGAGAAACAGCAAAAAUAAUUUGAAAACAUUUUUUCUCACUAAACUGUCAAUCAACCAUUCAGAACAGCAGUUCUCCAUUUCCACCUUUCAUUUCCGUAAAACUGUUACUGAAUUAGUUUGCUGAGAAGGUAUAAGACUUUGAGCCAGUCAUUUAAGCCCUCUUGGCCUUUGAUGUAAUUUUUUAUUCCUACUGCCUUAACAUUAGGGAGUUGCUUUAGAUGUUUCUAAGAUUCUUUCAGCUCCAGAAGUUUAGAAUUCAAUGCUAGAGGUCUAGAGCAUCUUUUGAGCUGGAAUCCUCUACAGCCCACCAGUUGAGAUGGUAUUAUAACACUCCUAUUAGUCAUGUUAAAACUUCUUGGAAAGUCUACUUCAAAUUGACAGAGAUAACUUCAGGUUUGCCAUGCUCUGGGGACUUCUCAGCUUUUAUUGCAUUAUCUUCCUACUUGUGGGAUAAACCAUUUUAUAGGUUUUUCAUUCUCUCUU